GGUGUAUUUAAUCUUAUUUUAUUGUGCUAAUAAUUAAACUGAGCUUAAACAUGUUGUAGGAUUCAACAUUAUGAAAGGUCAAAUAAGAUGGACUUACAUGUUCCUUUUUGGAAUGAUAUUUCUGCUUGGAGAUAUAGCCAUUUAUACUUUAUAUGGAAAAAAUGGCAAUAUUCAACAUUUGGGGAGUACCCAGAGCCAAAAUAAUAAUACUAUUAUGGGACAGCAUUACAAAAUCAAGGUUGCCCAUAAAACUCAAAACAAUAAAGAUAAUAUCGAUCUAGAAUAUUUAGAUCAUAUACAAAAAAUGAAUGGGGACAGUCCAAAACAUGUGGACCCCAGUAAUGACAUAGUGGAUAACAAUAACCAAGAUAAUUUGGAGAGAAACCAAGAUAACAUGGAUCACUAUUAUCAUGAGAAUGUAGACCAAAUUAAGCCAUUUGGACUAUAUUCAAAGGCUAAUAAACAGUUGGUCUUUUACAACAGAAUGCCAAAAUGUGGCUCCUCGACCAUGCUUCAUUUUCUAAGGAGACUAAGAAAAAAGUUUAAGCAUAUACAUUCUCACAAAUAUUGGGAACCAAAACUAUCACACAAAAAUCUUCAAGCUUUUAUAAAGUCAUUUGCAAUUUGUAAUGCGACUUCAAAACAAUAUGUUUUUGAUCGGCACAUAUAUUUUAUUCACUUUGAAAUGUUUGGAUACCAGCAACCAAUUUAUUUUAACAUAAUCAGGGAGCCACUUGAACAGACGUUGUCAUGGUACUAUUACAUGUUUAAAAGAAUGGGAAGUAAAUCGAGAAAGAAUGAACGAAAACAAUUCUUUGUAGAACACAAAAACCAGACAUUCGAGGAAUGUAUCCGUGAAAAUAUGAACAGUUCGUCUCUGGAUCAAAAAUGUUUCUUAGAUAAGUUAAACAAACCGACUAGUUACGUUGAAUGGUUUUGUGGCCAUGAUGAUAAAUGCUCAGAUAUGUCAUAUGGAAUUCCUAAGGCUAAAUAUAACAUUGAAAAAUAUUACAUGCUAAUUGGUCUAACAGAAGAAUACAAUCUUACUCUGUUAGCUAUGGAAAAACUAUUGCCAUCUUUCUUUAAAGAUAUCGAACAAUUUAACCCAAAUAUGACCAGAAUAAAUGUAGUACCUGCUGCCAAAAAAGUUAGACCGUCAACAGAAAUAGUAACUUUUAUGAAAGAACAUUUGAAGUUUAAAUAUGAAAUAUAUAAUUUUGUACAACAAAAGUUUCACCUAACAAUGAAAAAACUCAAAAUUAACAACUUUUCAGAGCAUUGAAUGUAAAGUAUAAAAUAGGUACGGUGUAUACUAGUGUAAUAGAAUAUCAAAAUGUAAUAAACCAAAUACAUGUACAGCAAAACCUGUACACAUAAACACCUUAGCUCGAAUCUGAACAUUUCUGAAUGUGGACACCUUUUCUUAAUCUCAAUUUUGCUAUCUCAUUGAUUCACAUAAUAAAAAAAAAAUUUGCGUAAUGUGCACACUUGCUAAUUCAGGCAUUUUUGACCAGGCAAAGUGGCAUUCGUAUCAGACAGGUUUUGACCAGUCCCAAUAGGAUUUUGAUGAGCCAGGUUUAACUGUACACUUUUUACUAUAAACUUUGCCAUCUAGAUACCUGUUUCUCAGGCUAAAAAUUACUCAAAAUCAAUGAUCAUACAACUAAAAGCUACUGUAUUUGUAAGUAUUGCAAUACUUUCAGUAGGACAUAUAAUACAUGUUAUACUAUAUUAAUUUGUCUUAUUGAUUGACAUCAGAAACAUGAGGCCUUAGGGAUUUUAGGGUCAAGUCUGUCAAGAUUCAACAUGUCAUAUUUUGAUUUAUUGUGUUAAUGUUCGUCCAAAUGCCUGUUAAAACCUCUCACUGCAUUGCUCUACAUGUUGAACUUUACUUUGUCUUAUGAUUUUCAGUUUUUGCCUCAUUGACCAUGAUUCCUUAUCAAUUAUUAUCAUGCCAAUGUUCUAAAUAUCACAAAUCUUCAUAUGUUCAAACCAGAUGUCAGUGGAAUGGUAAGGUGCCAGAGCUUGUCAUUUUACUAGUACUAGGAUAUUGCAAGAUUUCAGAAAAUUUAUUAUUUAUUUCAAAGCUGCUUAAAAUCAGAACAAAUCAACAAGCGUGUGCAAUGGGGAGCGAACUAAUACUUUUUCCUAAAUUUUGUUUGAAGCCAAUUGCAAUCCAAUACAAAAUAACUGAAAAGGCACAAAUGUACUACAGUUAACCUGUCUAAUCCGAACACCCAUGGGACCAGCCAAAAGCGUUCAAAUUGGCAGGUGUUCAAAUUUCGAGGAUAUUGUUGGUAUUGUUAAGUCAGAAAACAAUACAUGUUGUUGAUGAGUUUAUUCUACAAUAGACCUAUUAACCUUUCCACAAAGUCAGCUCAUGAAUAUUAUAAUGGCUGCUUAAAAAUCUGUGACGUCAAUGAGAGAAACUUUUUCCCGCGAAAAACAAAUGCAAUUGAGUUUACAUGUAAAUCCUCAAUUGAUUGCUGUAAGUUUUACCUCUUCAAAUGUUCAAGUAAUCAGUAAAUUAUUGACAGAUUUUUAUUGAACGUCAAAUUGACAUUUAUUUACGCCUUAUAAGCGAUUUAAGUAUUAAAGGACAACUGAAAUAGCUUUUCUCAAAUUGCAGCUAAAAAAAUGCGGUUUUCUCCAUUGUAAGCCCAACGUAGAGUUCUUUGUUAGCCAUUAUAAAAUAAAUGUUAGAUAACUGCUAACGGUCAUAGAUAACGAAAUAAAACUAACUGAUCAAUCAAAUUGGCCC